AUGAGAAUUAGAUUAUCAGAACAGCCCAGGUCGAAAACGCUAUCAACCGAAGAGCUAAGGAGAGCCGAAACCACUAUUUGCCGCAUGGUUCAACAUGAAUGCUUUCCUAGAGAGUUACAUAAUCUAAAACGGCAGGAACUAGUGCAUUCAAAUAGUCCAAUCGCAGCUCUUAACCCAUUCUUAGACGAGGAGGGCAUAAUCAGAGUCGGUGGUAGAAUAAAACGAGCCGACGUCCCAGCGGAUCAGAAGUACCCAAUAGUACUACCAACCAGACACCACAUUACGGAGAUUCUGUUAGCACAAGAACACAAAAAGUUACACCAUUGUGGGCCGCAACAGUUAUUGAAUGCUGUGCGGACACGAUACUGGCCGCUAUCAGGUAGGAGAGAAACGAGGAAGGUGGGUAGGAAAUGCAUUCCAUGCUUUCGAUAUCGUCCAAACAUACCGGAAUUAAUAAUGGCAGAUCUUCCAGAAUCCAGGGUUACAACAGCCAGCAGGCCAUUUAUAGUAUGCGGAGUAGAUUACGCAGGCCCCUUCAACCUAAGACAAAGUAAUCGAAGAGGCAGGAUUCCUGUCACCAAAGCAUAUGUAGUCGUUUUUGUAUGCUUCAAAACAAAGGUAGUGCAUCUCGAACUGGUAAGCAGUCUGACUAUGGAAGCUUUUAUGUCAGUAUUUCGACGUUUUUGCACCCGGCGGGGAACGUGCGCACAGGUCUAUUCGGAUAAUGGCACCAACCUUGCGGGUGCAGCAAGAGAGUUGAAGGAAAUCUAUGAGUUUCUACGCAAAGAAAAGGAUCAGAUCGAAUCGCAGUUGGCCGCACAAGAAAUACAGUGGCAUUUUAUUCCACCACGUUCGCCGCAUUUUGGUGGACUGUGGGAGGCGGCGGUUAAGAGUGUAAAGAGACAUCUUAAGAUCGCAAUGAAGGAUUUAAUUUUUACGUAUGAGGAAUACUAUACGCUAUUAGUAGAAAUUGAGGGUGUAUUAAACAGUAGGCCUUUAACAGCCUUAUCAGCGGAUCCAAAUGACCUAAACCCCCUCACUCCAGCACAUUUUUUAAUUGGAGCACCUUUACAAGGAAUAGCCGAAUGGAAUUACUUGGAGACACAAACUAACCAUUUGACUAGAUGGAAGCAUAUUCAAAAAAUACGUCAGCACUUCUGGCAAAGAUGGCAGAAAGAAUAUCUGCACCAGCUGCAGACUAGAACCCGUUGGCAAAAGGGAAAUGAUCAGGUGGAAAAAGGUGACUUGGUACUACUGAUAGAAGAUAAUAUGCCACCAUUACAAUGGAGAUUAGGGCGUAUCGAGGAGAUGCAGCAAGGAGAAGACGGAAUAAUCCGAGUGGUAACCAUCCAUACGGCAUCAGGAAUGCUCAAGCGAGCGGUAAAAAGGGUUUGCGCCUUGCCUAAAGAUUAA